AUGUCCGAGUACGCUCGAUUUCCUUGUCUGCCAGACGACGCAAAGCACGAAGAUGGAACUCCAUUUCUGAAUCGUCACUCUACCUUUAUCACCAGAGGGCAUGACUUUCCUGCUGCCAAAGCUAUGCUGUACGGUGCAGGAGUCCCGGACCCAGAGACAAUGGCAAAGAGUCCGCAUGUCGGCAUUGGAUCUGUCUGGUGGGAAGGAAAUCCGUGUAACAUGCACCUGUUGGAUCUGGGGAAAACCGUGAAAAAGGCAGUGAAGGAUCAGGACAUGAUUGCCUGGCAAUACAAUACCAUCGGAGUCUCGGAUGGCAUAACCGUAGGCCACGAGGGAAUGCGAUUCUCCCUCCAGUCGCGCGAGAUCAUCGCCGACAGCAUCGAAACCGUCACCUGCGCUCAACACCACGACGCAUGUAUCGCCAUCCCCGGCUGCGACAAGAACGGCCCUGGCGUGGUCAUGGGAAUCGCCAGGCACAACAGACCGUCGGUGGUUAUAUACGGGGGGUCAAUUCAAGUCGGCUUCGCACAAACUCUUCGCAAACGUAUGACUCUGGGGUCGGCAUUUGAAGCUGCCGGUGCAUACACAUACGACACUUUGCAGGACCUGGCCACCGAAGACAGCAUCAAAGGCCUCCACACCAAGGACGAGAUCAUGGACGAUAUCGAGCAACACACCUGUCCCACUGCCGGUGCCUGCGGUGGUAUGUUUACUGCAAACACCAUGGCCACGGCGAUUGAGACACUCGGUCUGAGUCUACCUGGUUCCGCCUCAACGCCGGCAUCCUCUCCCGCGAAGAUGAGGGAGUGCGUUAAGGCCGCCGAGGCGAUCAAGGUGUGUUUGGAGAAGAAUAUUAAGCCUUCUGAUAUUCUAACUAAACGAUCCUUUGAAAAUGCCUUGGUCAUGGUGAUGGCCUUGGGAGGCAGUACUAACGCCGUUCUCCAUCUGCUGGCCAUGGCCCGGUCUGCAGGCGUCAACCUCACCCUUGACGACAUCCAGAGCGUGAGCAACAGAAUACCACUCAUCGCCGACCUCGCUCCAAGCGGGAAAUAUUACAUGCCAGACCUGUAUGAAAUCGGCGGCGUCCCUUCGGUGCAGAAAUUAUUGAUAGCCGCAGGGCUGCUCGACGGCGACAUACCCACCGUGACUGGGAGGACGUUAGCAGAGAAUGUUGCAGGCUUCCCUUCACUGUCAGCUGACCAGGUUAUCAUCCGGCCGUUAGAUAGUCCAAUCAAGGAGACAGGCCAUAUUCAGAUUCUGCGAGGAAACAUUGCCCCGGGCGGUUCCGUGGCAAAGAUCACCGGGAAAGAAGGAACGCGUUUUGUUGGUAAGGCUAUGGUUUUCGACAAGGAGAGAUAUCUCAAUCAGGCUCUAGAUAAGGGCGAAAUUCCCCGCGGGGAGAAUAUCGUCAUUGUGGUGCGGUAUGAGGGUCCAAAAGGAGGCCCAGGGAUGCCAGAGCAACUCAAGGCAAGCGCCGCAAUUAUGGGAGCCAAAUUAACAAAUAUUGCCCUGAUAACUGAUGGAAGGUAUUCAGGGGCGAGUCAUGGUUUCAUCGUGGGCCAUAUUGUUCCUGAAGCUGCCUCAGGAGGUCCUAUCGCGGUGGUCGAAACAGGCGACGUUAUCACAAUUGAUGCGGAGAAGAAUCAAAUCAGUAUGAGCGUCUCUGAAGAAGAAAUAAAAAGGCGGCUGGACAGCUGGAGACCCCCGAAACCUGCUAUCACUCGCGGUACUUUGGGCAAAUACUCCCGCCUGGUGGGCGAUGCCUCUCAAGGUGCAAUGACGGAUCUUUUCUAG